GGUUGCCUAGCGACAUGACGCUAAUUCAAGUCAUACUAGAGUACCCGUUGUUUCACUAAGUCGUGUGUUCUUGUUUCUGACUUUGACAACUGAAUUCAUGUACGUUACGUCUGUGGAGAGUCUUUGUAGUUUUCAGUCAAUUUAAAGUCUGUUAAAGUCAAGUCCUGCUGAGAAUGGCUGCUGUUGUUGCGCAGUCCCACUUCACCUUCGGUCUUCGGGCAGGUGUAAGGAACAAUUUGUGUUUCUUCGACGAGCAAACUGUCGUUUUUCCCUGCGGAAACAACUGUGUGUGCUACAACACCGUCCAAAGAUGCCAGAGGUUCAUUCCAGGCUCAGACAAAAGCCAGGCCAUGCGUGCUCUGGCCAUCAGUGCCAACCGACGUUACCUGGCUGUGUCAGAGUGUGGUGGGAAGGCCACCAUCACGGUGUUCGACCUGCAGCACGAGCAGGGCAGGAAGAGGAAGGUUCUGACUGCAGGAGACCUGCUUGUUCAGGAGUUUGUUUGCAUGGCUUUCUCCCCUGAUUCCAAGUACCUAAUAGGCCAGACAGGUGGUCCAGAGUGGACCCUGAUCUUCUGGCUUUGGGAAAAACAGAAAGUCCUGGCAACAGUGAAGACCAGCAACACAAAUAAUCCUGUUUCCCAGGUCAGCUUCAACCCUCACAACAACAUGCAGCUCUGCGUGAGCGGAACCGGCGUGUUCAAGCUUUUCCGCUACUCAGAGGGAGCCCUGAAACAGAGCAGCUUCCCCAAGGUGGAGUCCAUCAACUUCCUGUGUCAUACCUGGGUGACGAUGGAGCGUGUGAUCGCUGGGACAGACAAGGGCAGGCUGCUGGUGUUUGAGUCUGGAGAACUGCGGAGAGAGAUUAACAUGGCCUCUAAGGCUGUGCAGGAGCAGUCUGACAGGCAAGUUGAAAUGAAGAAGAUCACAGACGCUGACGUGGAUGAAGGUCCCAAUGUGCCUCGCAUCACAGCCAUUCUGUCCUACUCCAAAGGCUUUGCUUGCUCUUUGGGGUCCGGCACAGUCUGUCUUUUUGAAAAGAACGAGGAGGACAGUUAUAGAAGAAGCAGAGAGAUACGGAUCCCUCCAGACUCAUACAGCAAUGAGCUGACCCCGGCUGAAUGCCAGGAGAUUGACACCAUGUGCAUCAGUCCAGCAGAGGAGACUCUGGCCAUCAGCACAGACAGAGGACAGCUGUACAGCUGCAGCAUGUCCUCUGUGGACAUAAACAAGGAUGAACACGUACACUUUGAGUUCCUGUCGCAGCCUUUCCACUCUAAGUCCAUCACUGGUUUAUCCAUCUGCAUCCGAAAGCCUCUCGUAGCCACAAGCUCUCUGGACCGCUCUGUCCGAAUCUGGAACUAUGAAACAAAAGUGUUGGAGCUGUACAAAGAGUUCCAGGAGGAGGCGUACAGCGUGGCUCUGCACCCCACUGGCCUUUUCAUCCUGGUGGGCUUUUCAGACAAACUCCGGCUGAUGAACCUGCUCAUCGAUGACAUCUGCACCUUCAAGGAGUUCAACGUGCGAGGCUGCAGAGAGUGUGCUUUUAGCCAUGGUGGCCACAUGUUUGGAGCUGUCAAUGGAAACGUCAUCCACAUCUACUCUGUCACCUCUUUCGAGAACAUCAUCAAUCUGAAGGGCCACAAUGGAAAGGUGCGUGGCAUUGAAUGGAGCCUGGACGACAGCCGGCUGGUAUCAUGUGGAAUGGAUGGUGCGGUGUACGAAUGGAGCACACAGACCGGCAAGCGUGAGUCUGAGAGCGUCCUCAAUUCCUGCAGCUACACAGGUGUGGCCUUCUCUUCAGACUGUAAGACCAUCUUGGCUGUGGGAUCAGACCUCACUCUGAAGGAGAUCCAAGAUUGUCAAGUCCUGAAGGAGGUUCCUGCUGAUGAGGUAGCUCAGACUGCUGUGGCAGUGUCUCACUCUGGAAGGGUUGUCUUCACUGGGACGUCCAGUGGAACCAUCAGAGCCAUUAAGUACCCGUUACCCAUCCAGAAGGAAUGGAUCAUGUACCAGGGUCACUGUGGCCCCAUCACCAAGAUGGUGAUCACGUUUGAUGAACAGUUCCUGCUGACAGUGUCUGAAGAUGGAUGCCUGUUGAUGUGGAAGAUCGUCAAUAAGGAGGGCAGAGGACUGAAGAGCAACAGGCAGAUCAUCCACACUGAAGAGAUCCUUGCAACCAAGUCAGACCUGGAGGAGAAGACACAGAACAUGCUGGAGCUGAAGAUGCGUCUAGAGGAGCUGCAGAUGGAGAAUGAGUACCAGCUGCGCCUGAAGGACAUGAACUACAACGAGAAGAUGAAGGAGCUUUCUGACAAGUUCAGCCAGCAGAUAGAAUCCCUGAAAACAACACAACAGGCCAUGAAGACAGAGAUGGAAAAGCAGGAACGUGAGCAUCAGGAGAGCUCUGCAGAGGUUACUGUGAAACACUCAAAAGAGAUGAAGGAUUCAGAGUUGGCCUACAAUCAGAAGCUGGUUGUGGAGCACGAGAGGUUCCAGGACCUCCAUCGUAAAUAUGAGAGAAUGCAGGAGGACUAUGAGAAGCAGCUGAAGGCCGCAGAGGAGAGCAGAAAGCUAGCCACCGAGGAGCUGACGCAGCAGUAUGAGGCCAAGCUGCAGGAGAAGACUCAGAUCCUGGCUCAGUGUCAGGACGAUACACAGCAGCAGAUCCGUGAGUAUAAAGAGAUCAUAAGGCAAGUAGAGGAGGAUGAGGAGAGCAUGAUCCGUAAAAUCACAAUCAACUAUGAGAAGAAACUGCACACUGAGAAAGAGACGAACACCAACCUGAACGGAGAAAUUGCUUUGUUGACACAGAAGUUCUACAGUCUGCAGAAACAGAUCAACGACAGGUGUGCAGACAUAAACAAGCUGAAGCAGGAGCGGCAGAGGCUGCUGGGGUUGAUCCGCUCUCUGGAGAGCGACAUCGAGGAGCUGAAGAGGCAGAUCUCCGGACACGAAAAGACCAACCAGGACAAGGAUAAGACCAUCUCCAGCUUGAAGAAGAAGAACCAGGAGCUGGAGAAGUUGAAGUUUGUUCUCAACAUCCAGUCAAAUGAGUUGAAGAAGCAGAUUGAGCCUCAACAAGAUGAGAUCAGUGAGAAGAUGGAGCGGAUCCAUCAGCUGGAGCAGGAGCUGGUGCAGAUCGACAGGAGCAACACUCAGCUGAAGCUCACGGUGUCUGACCUGAGGCUUAAACUGAGGACCAAAGACAAAGAGAUGCAUAAGGAGAUGCUGAAAGUGAAAGAUCUGGAGACACAUCUAUGGAGGCUCAAGUCAGACCUCCAUAACUGUGCAGGCUUCAUCCAAGAGCCCAAGAAACUGAAGGACAGCGUGCGCGUGUUGUAUUCUCAUUAUGUACCGCUGGAUGAUAGUGUGCAGAAAAGCAAUGUGGACCAAGAUCUUCAGAGGGUGCUCUGUCGGCAGCGUGAAUACAUGGAGAAGACAGUUAAUGGUCUGACGGCGAGGCUGGCCAAAUCUGAAGAGGAACACAACAAAGUCUACGUCAAUAUCAUGAAGGAGAAUAUGACUCUGAUCACGGAAAUCAACGAGCUGCGUGUGGAGCUGCGCUCAGCCAGGACUCAGGCCAAAGAGUACAAAGCUCAGCUGGCCACGUUCAAGAAGUCCAACAAGUCACGUCCUAACUUAGAGGAGAGAUCCAGACAGGAGCCCAAACACGAAGGCAUCAGUCCUAGUCCAGUAGCUCUAGCAGACCUGUAGGGACACAUGCUGAUGAUCUCCUCUCUAAGCCAUCACCGUUCCUGCAGUGAUGAGCACAGAUAUGUUGGUGCUGCAGAGUUUCUUUCUAGGAUGAUUUUGAAGCUUUUUUUCAUAAAAAACCUAAACCUAAUUUUCCUGCUCAUUCAACUUCAAUACAUUUUUUAAGAUUCUAUGUAAUCUCUUUAUAUUAAAACAAUUGUUCCUGUU